CCCAACCCCAGUGCUUCUUGGCGGACCUGGCCGGUGAUUUGCCCUGUCAAUUAUAUUUAGUUGUCAAGCCACUUGUGCAACCGCACUGAUUUGAAACCACUAUAUCUGCAUAUAAAUACACCUCUCUUCGUCUGCUACUUUUCUUGUCCCUCAACAUGACUGCAUCCGAGGCCUAUCUGUCUCCAUUAGUACUUGCUAUCCUAGACCAGUGGCUAUAAUUCACAAGAGCACACGGUAUAUCUUCGGCAGACGCUGGCCCUAGACAACUUCACCCACCGAGCAACUUGACAGAUAAACCAUCCAACAUCGACCAUGGCGACAAAUUUUCCUUGGGUUCUUCCUGUUCGAGUCGCUCAAGUCAUUUUUGCUAUCAUAGUUCUUGGGUUAACAGCAUACUACAUCAGUUGGUAUAGCUACAGUGACACUGUGAAUUUCAUGCUUUUCAACGGCAUAUGGACAGCUUUCGUUGCCGUGCCUUACCUUGCCUUCGCACCAAUGUACUUCCCACGGGUCGCCCAUAUACUAAUCAUGGUGGCUGUCGAAGCAGUCACCAUGAUCUUCUGGUUCGCAGGGUUCAUCGCCUUGGGGGUCUACCUACCACCAUCAGAAUUCUGUCACUGGAGUAGAUGUCGGGCACUGCAGGCUGCAACCGUGUUUGGGGCAUUUGAUUGGGCACUCUUCGUCGCCACCACUGUCGUAGCUACGCUCGAGGCGAUGCGAUCAAGAUCCAACAGUGCGAGUACGAAGCCCGGCCUGUAUGCUUCUGGCCAUGUCAAUGUGUAAACAACGGAAGUGGGCAUCGAUCAAUUCACAUCUUAGCGAGGGCCUCAUUUGCAGCCGCCAAGACUAUUGAUGCCACCCAAAGCCUUUGGACGGGACGAUUGACGACGAUAUGAAAUUAUACCGCUCAUAGCUGAGAAGUGGAAGGAAUAAUGAGUCAAGGGCGGCUACGCGGCGUUCAUAUGCUGGGAUUUGUACAUCAGACUAUAUAGCAAGGGAUACCCAUGUCUUAAAAUUAACCGAAGCCUUAUAAUUUCAGCCUUGACUCAUGUUCUAGAAUCAUGGUUGGGGC